AUGUGGGAGGAUGAAAGCGAGGGCUUGGCAUUUCCUUGCUACUACAAGCGCCGAAUGGAUGGAGCAAGAUCUGUGGACGUGUAUUUCCCUGACGCAGCAUGGUUUGACUACUAUACCGGUCUUAAAGUCCCCAGUGCCUGGAAGAAGAACUAUGCUACUGUGGCUGCCCCACUGAAUAAGAUCCCUCUGUUCAUCCGUGGAGGCUACAUUCUGCCACAACAGGAACCUGCCACAACCACUACUAAGAGCCGCCUGAACCCAUUUGGGUUGAUUAUUGCUUUGGAUGAACAUGGAGAAGCUUCUGGGUCUCUCUUCUGGGAUGAUGGUGAUUCAAUUGAUACUAUUGAAAAGGAGAAGUACUUCUUGGCUAAAUAUACAUUCAGCAAAGGAAAUCUGAAGACAGAAAUAGUUAAAAAUGGCUACCAAGGAGCUGACACUUUGAAGUACAACAAAAUUACGAUUCUUGGCCUGAAACUGAGACCUCAUGCUGUUGCUCUGAACGGAAGAGACAUUCACAGAGAUGCCUUCAGUUUUGAGCGGAGUGGGAAACUCACUUUACGGAUUUCUGCCCCACUUACCAAGGAGCUCAACAUUAGGAUUUACUAGAAUGUGCAGAAAACACUGACCUAACAGCAUCCUUGGCCCUUGGAUAUUGAGCUUAUUUGGAUUUUCAUGUAAAAAAAAAAAAUUGCCAUUAAAUUUAUGCAUAUACACUCA